AUGUGGAGAUAUAAUCUAGCACUUACCAGACGAAUUUUCAGUUCGCAGCCUGCUGCUCUAGUACGUCAGUAUUCUGCUUUCAGAAGGCUUCCUAGAGUGGCAACUCCGGUAAAGGAUGUUUCUCGUUUGGGCUUCAAUGGCGUGCCAAAUAUGAACAAUGUGACCAUCCAGCAGUAUGAUCCCAUUGCAACUACCAUUUUAAAUGAACCUACCAUCAUUAUUGAGAGACAAAUCGAAAUGAUGAACGUUGUGCUUGGUUUUGAACAGGCUAAUAAGUAUGCCAUCAUGGAUGUCAUGGGGAACAGAAUUGGGUACAUGCAAGAAAGAGAUUUCGGAUUCUUUAAAGCUAUAACAAGACAAAUAUACAGACUACAUCGUCCGUUCACCGUUGAUGUCUUUGACAAUUACGGCAACGUUUUAAUGACUAUUGAAAGACCCUUUUCCUUUAUCAAUUCACAUAUUAAGGCUAUAUUACCCGAUGAAAACAGAACCCUUGUUGGUGAAUCAGUGCAAAAUUGGCAUCUGUGGCGUCGUAGAUAUGAAUUGUUUCAAAGAGAAUGCGAAAACCCUUCUGAGUUUACUCAGUUUGGUAAUAUCGAUGCACCAUUUCUAAGUUUCGAAUUCCCAGUUAUGGACGAGAACAACAAGAUUAUUGCUGGUUGUGAUAGAAAUUGGGUGGGGAUAGGAAGAGAACUAUUCACUGAUACUGGUGUCUAUAUUGUACGAUUCGAUUCUCAGCAAUCAUUUGAUGGUGUAUACCCGCAAGAGAUGUUAAGUGAUAAGGUCUUGAACUACGAUCAAAGAGCUGUCAUGCUUUCUAAUGCAGUGUCGAUUGAUUUCGAUUAUUUCUCAAGACAUUCACGCUACGGAGGUGGACUGUUGUCGUUUGGAACAUAUGACGAAUGA